AUGAGCGAUCUCAGGUUUACGAAAGAAGGAGUGCCGAUCUUCGAUGGCACAUCAGAGCACUACAUUCCGUACCGGCGUGCAGCUCUUAACUAUGUGGAGACGCUGGAGUGGAAGAAACGUAGUUUGGCAGGCCCGAGACUUCAGGCCGCCCUGGAGGGUACUGCAAGGGUUGCGGUCCAAGACCAGGUGCCAGGCUGGAUCAGCCAUGAAAUGGGGGCUCAGCAACUCCUUGACUACCUCAAGACCAAGGUGACUCCUCCGACUUUGGCAGAAGCCGGAAAGAUGAUCACUCGAAUAUGGAGCCCUCGGGACAUCGACAAGAACCCGAUCGAGCUCUACGAAAAGCCAAUGUGGAGCAGAAGGAUGACGAUGUGGAACUUGGAGAAUCAGCCUCAGCUGCUCACGACUCUUGGCAAGGAUAUCACAGGCAAGUAUGAUGUAUCAGUGACUGCCUCGGUGGAAGCUGACAAAUUCCUUCCAGACUUUGUGGUGGCAUGGAUGCUCCUCCAACGAUCUGGGUUGGACGGCACUGAGCGAGGAACCAUCAUCGCCAACUUGAAGAACCAGUUCACCACGACCCGAGUCAAGGAUGCACUUCGACUUGCCUGGCCAGAAGAAGAUCUGAAGAAGCGAGAUAUGGCUCGAGGCGCCGCUCUCAUGGUGGAGGAUGAGGAUGACGAAGCCCUAAUGAAUGACAUGGACACGGACCCACCGAAUGACAUGACCCAGGAGGAAGAGUAUGAGUACGGCUAUCUCGUCAAAGAUGCUGAAGAGGCCUACCAGACCUUCCAAGUGGCUCGAAGGACUCUUCGAGAGGCCAGAGAGAAACAAUCUCUCUUCAAGAAGAGCCGCCAGUUUUUCCCCAUGAAGAGGAACUUCGGCAAUGAUCGAUCCAAAGGAGACUCAAAGGGGUCCAUCAAGAAGUGUUUUCGAUGCAAUGGCGAUCAUCCAACAUCAGAAUGUCCUGACAAGCAUGCUCCUGAUCGAGGAUCACAAUCAGCUCAUUUAGCCUUCUCAGCCUAUGGCACCAGUGAGCCCAGAGCUACGGAUGUCUCACUUCAUGCAAUGAAGAAUACGGAAGAUCAAGCUGCCUUGUCCUUGCAGCAGAUCUUGCGAGAAGGGAAGGCCAUCAUUGACGGCGGAGCCACUUCCUCGGUGGCUUCUGUGGAGGCCAUGGAACAAAUCAUGAGGCUCAAUCAAGAUCAAGAUCCAUCUCGAGAUAUCGCAGUGGAAAGAACCGAAAGACCACAUUUCCGCUUUGGGAACAAUGGUCGAACUCAAUGCCUGAGUACCGCUAAGGUUCCAGUGCCCCUUGGCAACACUCUGGGUGAGAUGCGAGUUCAUGUUCACGAGAUUGAAGGCCAACCUGUUCUGAUGAGUGUGGCUGCUCUGAGGGCUUUAGGAGCCGUCAUUGAUUUUGAGAAAGAUGAAGCCAUCUUUCGAAACGUAGAUGCAUCAGUGGUAGUGCCGUUGGAGAGAGUGGUUCAAGUGACAACAGCCAUGCCGUACCUCUCCAAGGCCGUCCUUACCGAGAGGCUGCUGACCUAUGGCGAGACCGUGCCAGAAGGGUGGACUCGACUACAGAUGGAGGGCCGUCUGUGGGAACUCCACCAGUCCGAGGAGCCCUCUGUGCGCACCAUCCGCCAGAAACAGCUCAAGGAGCUGCGCAAAGCCUGCAAGAACAAAGGAGAGAUCAAGACCUACCUGGAGCUUCACUACAACGUGGAGUUGACCGGGAACGAAACCUUGAAGUCAAUGCAGGCCAGGGCCUACGAAGAACUCAUGAAAGCUUCUCCUGCGCUCAGGGAGGACAAGAUGGAGUUCGGCAAGCACAGUGCCAUGGAGUACCAAGAGGUGAUCCUGAACGAUCCCAACUACACGGACUGGUGCAUCACCACCAUGAUGGAGACCGGUGGCCUGAAGGGCACAGCAAACUGGCGCCUGAAGCGCUAUGCCAGCUGGGCUCAGGAAGUCCGCAAGGACCCUCGGGGCCUUGCCAAGCUUCGCAACAAGAGUGCUCCAAAGAACCACACCAACAUCGAGAAGGAGGAGGAGAUGUUCUCCGAGUCAGAGACCGAGAAUCGCAUCCAAGCCUUGGAGGAUCAAAUCCGCGACCUGCGCCGUCAGGGCAAGAAGGGCAAGACCAACUCCGAGGUAUCUGAAAGACGCAUGACACCAGAAGAACACGCUGCUUUCAAGGAGGCAAAAGGAAUCGAGGUGAAGGACUUCAUCUUGGCCAAGGCCUUCGAGAAACUGCCAGAGUCUUUCAAACCGGAGCAUUCCUGCCAGGAAGAGAAUUUCAAAGACAAGUUCUAUGUGCUCCUCUACCAGAAAUCUGUGAAGCUCUACAGCUGGUGGCAAAACAUCUGCAAGCAAAUACAAGAACGAUUUCGCCGGGGCGAAUGGGAAGUGAAUAGCUUUGUACAAUGUGGAGUUACCAUCCAAAGACAAGAAGAUGGUGGCUUCCUACUGACUCAGCCAGAAUACGUGAACCAAAUCGAUGAAGUGUUCAUGUCAAAGAAACGCUGGCACGAAAUGGAAUCACCAGCUACUGCCUCAGAACGACAACAGAUGCGAAGUGUUUUGGGUGCCCUAUCAUGGCACGCGGGUCAACUGGCGAUGGAAAUGAGUGCGCCGGUGGGCUUAUUGCUGUCCAGAGUGAACCAUGCUACUGUUUAUGAUCUGAUUCAGACCAACAAGCUUUUGAAACAAGCCAAGGCAAGGAAGUCACAAAAGAUUUGGGUUCACCCAAUUCCAUUGGAUCAACUGAUAGUGGUAGCAUGGGUGGAUGCAUCACAUGCCAAUCGAGAAGACGGUAGCAGUACAAAAGGUGCCCUGGUGAGCGAUAGCAAGAAUGUUUAUGACCGUUUGACACAACCCAUUCUGACACUGCGUGGUGCUGAGAAGCGUAGUGAUUUGGUGCGCAGCGAACUGGGAAAGCUCCAGGAAGCCUUCAAGGAGUCGGAGAUCCAAGUUCGACGUCUGGAUGCCGCGGAGAAAUCGGUGCGAGAGCAAUUGGAGCGAGCUGAGGAGCAAAGGAGCAACGCAGCCCGAAAGGCCACUGCGCAGAGUAAGGCGCUGGAGGAGGACUUGCGACUCUUACGGCAGCAGCUCGAGGAGAAGGAUCGUGCCAUGGAUCAGCGCGGGUCCACCAGAAACUGGCUGAAGGCGCUGGGGAGCCUGAAAGCUCAGCUGGGAAACUGGGUGAGAGUUGCAUCUGGGGCAGGCAUGGAAGAGAAGAGUAAGAUGGAAGCCUUGGCUCAACGCCAGGGCACCAAAGAACUUUCAGAGGCGAAAGCUGCUGUGGCGGAGCUUACAUCGCAGCUCGCCAAAGUCAAUGAGGAGCUGAGCCUGCAGCAACAGCAGCUGAAAGAAGCCGAAGAGAUGCGUCUGGUGGCCGAAGCCUUGGCCAAGGAGGCGAAGUCCAAGGCACCCCAGGUGGAAGUCAAAGAGGACAAGUCCGAAGCUUUGGCGGAGGAAUUGGUGCCGAACCGGCCCUUUUUCACCCCAGCCAGGGAUGCGUCGGCACACACCGCUGUGUGUGGCUGGAUCUUGCGAGUGGAGCUGUUUAGCGAUGGACCAACUGAGUCCACUGAAGUGGAGAACGGUCCAGGGCGUAAACGCGUUGCCAGGCUCUUGAGGCAUUUCGCUUUGUUGUCGCUGCUGGCUGCGGUCUGUCUCAUUGGACGGCAGAGGCCCAGCUGGUACGAGGCGGUACGGUACCGGCAGGGAUCGCAGCUGUGGGCCCCCCCUGAAUGGCAUAAAGAUGCUGAAGGAAACGACGUCAAGGAUACCUGGGACCACUACCAGAUGCCCAAUUGCGACAGUGGACCACCUCCCAACGCGAAAAAGAAGGUGAUCGUGGGUCCCAAAAUUGCCCUGCGAAAGAUGAAGGAGAAGUUGAAGUUGCCGAAACUGAAGAUCGAAGCCGUGCGGAAGAUGAAAGAUGUCUUGGACCUGACAGAUCCUCAGCCUCAGCUCUUCGCCACGGACACCCUUCGCCUGCGGCGCUUGCGACACGAAGUUGACGAAGGGGAUGAACCAGACGCCCUGCCGCCGAAACUCGCGGCGGUCAGGGAUUUGAAGGAUGGCCGCGUACACAUCAAAUACGUUCCUGUGAAGAGAACAAGAGCCCAGCAAAUCUGCGCGGAGCAUAUUGCCAUAGCCAGCGCUGACCACGCGCAAAUGAUCAAGGCCCAUGCGGCCUUCGAGGCGCACCGGAAAGCCAUCCGCGGCUUGCACUACUGGCAGGGCACACACCGUUGUGGCAUUCAGUUCUACAACACGGAUUUCCCCGCGAAGAUCACGUGGAGAGACGAUCGCGGCCAUGAAAGUCCGGCACACUGCCAACAAGCCUGCACCUGGAACCACGAUUGCGAGGGCUUUUCCUGGAGCAAGUGGGGAUGCUUCUUGAAGAAGACACCGAAAUUGCCUGAGAACGAGAAGAGAAAAAACAGUACCCGCUUCAUCCACAAGUUUGUGGCCGGUGUCUAUUCUGGACAUCCUUGCAACCAGAAGGAAUCGCCCUACCCUUGGAUCAACGAUCCGUUCCAAAAGCACAACCUGCCCAAACCCAAGGCGUAUCACCCAGCAAAGAACGCCUCUAUGUUCUGCACUAUGCUGAUCCUCCCCUAUUCUUACGAGGUGGAUUUGACGAUCAUGCAGCACCAGAACUACUAUAGCAUCUUCAUGUGCGAGCAUUGGCAGAUCUACAGCAGCCAGCCAAUGCAGUUGGCACCGCGGCUCACGACGCGGCUGGUCAACACUUCCCAGGUGGCGGAAGCUGCAGGGCAGUGGGGCACAGCCUUGAACACCGAGGCCUUUGUCGCCUACUGGAGAGCCUUGAUUCUCGAUGGCGACUACCUCAAGGCCAAGUGGUUGAUCAAAGUGGACCCGGACACCGUGUGGUUUCCUCAUCGGCUGGUCCCCUUGUUGAUGGAGACGGAGCAGCACCACUCUCUUGAGGCGCCGGGAAUCUAUUUGAACAACUGCCCACAGGGCCUGCAUGGUCCCAUUGAAAUCCUGUCCCAGACAGCCUUCAGUGACCUGGAACCCGACUGGAAUCCACCAGAAAAAUCAGCUAACAAUAGGGUGAACUCAUGA